UUACGAUGGAGACGUAGUCUAUAUAUUUCAGUGGUGAAAAUGUUGAAAGUAAUAGGUUAGGCAUUCGGAGGUCUAGAAUCUUGUUCUUUAGACUGGAAUAGACCGAAUAUACAUUUCUUUGUUAUCAUUCGUUAUCGGACAGACAAUAAAGAUGAUAUCAAAUACAUCACUGUUACACAUCGGAUCCAGAGGUAUUUCCACAUGUUCUGAAUUGAAUCAGAUAAUUAAACUGACUCGCCUCCGAGUUGUGGAUAACAGUGAAAUUGGCAAGCAAGCUAUGCUGGAAGGAAAACCACCUAGAUGUAUACAUAUUUAUAACAAGGUCGGGGUUGGAUAUAUUGGGGACAGAAUUCUGAUGGCUGUGAAGGGUGAAAAGAAGAAAGGCAUUUUAGUAGGGCUUAAACAAAAUCAGAAACCAAAGGUACCCAAAUACGAUAGUAACAAUGUCGUGUUUAUUGACGAUAAUGGGACUCCCCUCGGGACAAGAAUUCUUGUACCAAUUCCUCAUAUCCUUCGAACGAUAUUAAAAGAAAAGACCCAUUCUAAAGGUGCAGAUUAUACAAAACUCAUUGCGAUAGCAUCAAGAUUUAUAUAAAAUUAUGUUAUUAUUAUAAUUGUAGAUAUUCGUGUAUACGUUAAUAAAAAGUAAAAUA